AUCUCCUAGGUCAGUCUUCGCCUCUUCUAGAUCGUUUAGUUGCUAGUCGACAAAGCAAUUCACAAAUUGUCGAGGCUACUACCAUUAUUUUCCUCGAGAGAGGAGGGGAGAAAUAUUCUAAUUUAUCACACACCUCGAAAUUGACCACCUUGCCAUCUACCACCCACGACACCAUAACUUUGCCCUUAAUAUCCUGGAUGUCGCAGUGACGAGCAGGAUAUCAGAGUCUUGUAUCCUGCUCCAGUCUCAUCAAAGGUACUCAAUUCAUCUUCCUCCUAGUAAGGUCUUGAACCUCGAGUUCACCGUCAUGGCUCCCACAACACCGAAGAAGAAUCGUCCACAGUCAUCGCCAAGAACCACGCCUGCGAAGAAUAAGUCCAGACGGAACACACCAGGCUCUGCACAGAACAAGGAGGGUCGUGAAGAGAAGGAACAGAAAAUGGCUGGCUCUUGGAGACGAGAUAAUGUGCAAUUUGGUGAUAUGCCUGUUCCUGCAACUCCAGCCCAGAGUGCUCCAGUCCAAAGUACUCCUGUUAUGAUAUCCUUAGAACGUGAGCAAUUCAGAUGGUCGGAUGAGGUAUUUGAUGAGGCGCUGGUCGUGUCCGAAGCAAUUGUCCAAGACGAUCUGGAGACAUCCGAGACCGAGAAGGAUGUACCCACGGAGGAUACCACGGACGGCCCAAGCCUGGCUGGAGAUUCCAUUGUUCAGACCGAUCUUGAAACAUUGAAAACUGAAAUAGAUGUCCCUGAGCAGGAUAACCAGCAGGGUCCUGAAUAUACGGAGGAGGCCAAUGUCCAAGAUAGUCUUGAGACAUUGGAGAGUGAGAUGGAAAUACCAGAGGAGACAAGUGAAAGUCCGGAGCAGGUCACAGAGGCCGAUAUCCAGAAUAAUCUUGAACAAUUCGAAACAGAGAUGAAUACACCAGGAAAGGACACCAUAGCCGAUUCAGAGCAGACAGACGACACCAUCGUCCCAAAUAGCCUCGAAACAGCAUCUGAAGUCGAGGUUGCGACUCGAGAAAAUCUCAUGGAGGAUGUUAAAGACACCCUUGGAACUUCCGAGACCCAGUCACUUGUGACUCCGGAGGCUGUUGAGGCCUCGGAGGUUCUCAAUAUCGUUGAAGGCGAGCAUGCACAGAACGAUCUUGAGCCUCCUGAGCAUACUGAUGAGCCAACAAAGGAUGACAUGGAUACCCUUUCGGAGAAUCUCACUCCCAUCCCUCUUUCAAAGUCCCAAGUUUCCUUUGUUCCCAACGAUCUCGACUCUCCGGAGUCCACACUGAAGGCCGGAACCAGCUUAGAUGGUAGGGAGAAUGGCGAGCCUAGCCAAACAAAAGAACCCAUAGAGGGUACCGAGGAGUGGUGGAACCAUAAGGAACCAGCUUCCAAGUCUCCAGUCAUAAAUUUACCUUCAAGUCCAAAGCAAAGUACCGGGGAGCUUGUGGAAAGCAAGCCAGCCAUAUCCUAUGCCAAGAUCGCCGCAGCCGCCGCUGCUGCGUUCCCUGAGCCUGUGUCAAUGGGCUCAGAUGACAGAAAGGACGUUGAGAAGGCGUCUCCCAGGACUCCUGUCAAAGCCCAGCUUACGCCAACCCGAAGCCCUCAAAGCUCGAGGCGCAUUAUCCCAGUCAUCCCUAGAUCUUUCGAGAGGCAGAACUCAACACCAGUCUCACCCGUCGCCGGCCCUGCCGUCAUCGCUGCGCCGUGCGCCUCAGACGAGUCAGGAUGGGAGUCCGUACCUGCCGAAGCUUAUGAGAAGCAACAAGAGUGGAAUUUGCAAACACCCAAGAGGGCCCGAAAGACCCCUCGCAACACUCCAAGCCAAAGUGCUCAGGCAGCCUCCAGCAAUGGCGAUGAGGAUGAGGAGCAGCACGAAGUCAAUACCCCGGCUUCACCUUCUCCAACUACUCCUUACACACCAACCAAGUCCAAGCCGAAGCGUCGCCGACCAUUGAGCAAGGCCGCCAAAGCUGCAAAGGCAGCUCAAGCUCAGGCUUUGCCAGCUUCGUUGGUUCAUGCUGUUGAGACUGAGAUCAGCGGUACUGAGGUAGAGGCAGGAGUGAAGUUGAAGAAGGAGACGACGGAAGUUGAGCUUCCAAAGGUUAUCGAAACCAAAAAUCUGAAAUUCGCCGUGGAUAUCAAGGCGACUGAGGCUAAGGUGUAUAAUGGUACAGCUUCUGCAAUUGAUGUGGAAGUCGAAAGAGUCGAGGCCAUCGCGCAUGUGGAAGAUGAAACGGUCCAGCCUGUUGUCAGCAGAUCAUCUGUCUUGCUUUUCAUCGCGAUGCUGUUGGUGGCUUUGAUUCUGUACUCGGUCAUCUUCUACAUGCCAGAUAUCUUCGAGUAUCUCAAGGAGUCGUUGGUGUCUGAUACGGCUGACCUGUAGAUGGUAAAUGGUGCUUGUGGGCAUGGAGUACUUCUGGACUUUGGUUGAUCGGUAGCAUCACUUGUGGGAGGCAUUUUCAUGGAUUUGCUCUCUCUGGUGCAGCAUAUUUUGCGGCGGGCGUUUAGACUUCUGGGCUAGAUUGUUAUUUGGUGGAUUCAUUCGAGCAUGGCAUAGCAUGACCCUGGAGCCUGGAGUUAUUUCGUGGUUAUUCGGCAUGCGGACUUACGGC